CACACACACACACACACACACACACACACACACACACAUGCACCGCGCGCAGGAGGGAGGGUCUCAGUGCGCCUCGUUCUCAGUUUCAUUGACUUCUUCUGAAACUGAGAUGAACUUAGUUUAAGGGGUUUUCUCUUCGGUUUCUUUGACUCAGCCUCACUUUUUCUGUGUGUCACACAAUCCCAGAGCCUCGGGGUGCCUCGUUUUACGCACAAGUCGGUUAACGGACCGAGGAGCAACAGGAGGUUUCCAUCCAGCGAGUCACACCGGGAACAAGAAGGAUUUAACGGAGACUUUGCGGACACACUGCGGCUCUUUGGUCCCCUGUGCCCGGUACUGAUCCAGCCUCUGCGCAAUAGGAUACCGAGUGGACCCACAGUCUGACCCGGGAUAACUGCUGUCUCAAACGGGAUAGAGUCUGUCCUCCAUCAUGUGUCCCUCAGCGGGCGGCAUGUGUACGCUCUGCAGCCUGACCCUGAUCCUGGUUCAGAUCCUGGUCCUGGUCCAUCCUUCAACAGGGUACAAUCUGGAUCAGGAGCACAGUCUGGAGUUCAGCGGCCCCUCCUCCUCCAUGUUCGGAUACUCAGUGCUGCUGCACCGUCAUGAAUCCCACAGAUGGUUGGUGGUUGGAGCUCCGGUAGCAAACUCGACCUCCAAUCCAUCGGUCCGAUCUCCAGGAGUUGUGUACCGCUGCAACGUCACUGCCGAGUCCCACCACUGCCAUCCCAUGCAUGCUGACGUGCUGGGCUGUGGGAAGACGUGCGAUCCAGAGAGUGAUCACCAGUGGCUGGGAGUCAGUCUGUCCAGACAACCUGGAGACAAUGGAGGGCACAUCCUGGCAUGUGCUCAUCGCUGGAAGAACGUCUACUACUCAAGGAGAGACGUUCAGAACCACAAGCUGCCCAACGGGGUCUGUUAUCGUUACGGGAGCGACCUGAGAUACGCCCUACCCUUAAUCCCUUGCUACAGAGAUUACCAGAAGAAGUUCGGUGAGGAUUAUGGGUCAUGUCAGGCCGGUAUUUCCAACUUCCUCACAGAGGAUCUGAUCAUCAUGGGGGCUCCGGGGACAUCUUAUUGGAUGGGUUCAGUGUUGGUCUUUAACACGUCCAAUGGAGCGAUGUCGGUGUACCUGGACGAGGACGCUAGAUCUGUCAACUUUGGAAGCUACCUGGGUUACGCUGUUGGAGCCGGAAACUUUCUGAGUCCUAGCACCGUAGAGGUAGUGGGGGGGGCGCCCCAAUACAACCAGAGGGGCAAGGUCUUCAUCUUUACAGUAGACGACAACAUGCUGCGAGUCGCCUCUGAAGUGUCAGGAAGUGAGCUGGGAUCUUACUUCGGCUCCAGUUUGCUGGCGGUGGAUCUGAACGCUGAUGGUUUGUCCGAUCUGCUGGUCGGCGCUCCCAUGGCAACAGGCGUCACCAGGGAGGAGGGGAGAGUGCAUGUGUACAUCAACCAGGGGCAGGCAAAGCUGAUGGAGGCGGAGUUUCAGCUGAGCGGCAGCGACGCUUACGCCGCCCGAUUUGGGGAAACCAUCGCUGACCUGGGAGACAUAGACGACGACGGUUACCCUGAUGUGGCAGUUGGUGCCCCACAGGAAGACGAGCUAAGAGGAGCUGUGUACAUUUACAACGGCAGGAAGGAUGGCAUUUCUCCAACUCCAUCUCAGAGGAUUACUGGGUCGACUCUGGGUCGUGACCUCAGGAUGUUUGGCCAGUCGCUGAACUCUGGCAUAGACAUCGAUGACAAUGGCUAUAAUGAUGUGGCGGUUGGUGCUUUCCUCUCGGACUCCGCUGUCAUUCUCAGGACCCGCCCGGUGAUUCAGGUGAAGGCGUCUCUGACUCUGCCUGAGCACAUUGACCAGCAGGUGGCUCUGUGCCGAGAACACAAGACUCCCACCGUCUGCUUCAAUGUGACCGUCUGCUUCAGUGUCAAGUCCAGACACUUCAAAGGGGCUAUAGAUUUUCAAUAUCAUUUGACCUCUGACCUACUCCAUAAACCAUCCUUCCCUCAUCGUUUCUAUUUCCAUGGUAACGGGUCAUCCAAUAGCACCAGGGGGCGUGUGAGAGCACGACAUGGCCAGCUCACCUGUUCAACACACCUGGCUUACCAAAGGAAAGAUGUGAGGGACAUUUUUACUCCUGUCAAGUUUGAGGUUUCCUACAGUCGCAGAGAUACAAACACCCACAGAGCCUCUUCUAAAACCUUCCCCCCUUUGAAACCCAUCCUUCAGCAGAGCGAAGGACACCACAACACCAUCACCAACCAGACUUGGUUUGCUCGCCCCUGUUCGCUGGUGAACUGUUCGACCAACAUGCAGCUGUCGGCCCAACUUGAGCUUCCACAUCAGCAGCAGUAUUUUGCUCUCGGCUCUGGACAAACCAUCAUGGUGAAAACUUCCCUUCUGAACUCUGGAGACGACGCUUUCCUACCUCGACUGACGCUGCGUUUCCCCAACAACAUCCACUACAUCAAAGUACUGCAGAACCAGGACAAUGUGGUCAGUUGUGAUGUCACACAGGAAGUCAACAGUACGAUGGUGGGUGUUGACUGCAGCGUCACCAGCCUCCUCCUACCAGCCCAUGCCCAGUUGAACAUCAGCUUCCUGUUGGACGUCAGUCCUAACAGCACAGCUGGUGACGUCAUGAUUCACCUCAACACCAGCAGUGAUAACUAUGAGAAGGCAGAGUAUCUCCAUGACAACUCAAUGAGUCUCCUGCUUCCUCUAAAAUAUGGAGUCAACGUCAACAUCCACGGUUUUGUGACUCCCACCUCAUUUGUGUUUGGAGAUGAAGACACAACUCCGGUUGACUGUUAUAACGAAAGAUUCAACUACACAUACAAGGUGUUAAACUCUGGUCCCAGCAGAUCUGUAGACACUGUGGUGGACAUCGCGCUACCAAAGAUCCUCGCACCUUACCGACACAGGCUGAUGCAGGUGGUCGACUGGCAGUCCUCUCACGGUGUGUGUUCGAUCAGUGACACGACUAUUUCAGUCAAUGAGGACUGUGACGUCCCCGAAGCUUCCUUCAUCAAACAGAUUGUCUUCUUCUUCUCCUCCACCUCCACCCGCAGAAUGGCAGCUGGGUGGGCAGAGGGGAGAAGGCCCCUGCCCCCGCUGCCGCGUGACCGAGAGAUGCUUGAUUAUCUGGAUAAGAUAUUCAAGCUCGGGGUGCAGAUGGUGGCGGCGGCCAAUAAUCUAGGUGUGUUGGGAGUGUCGCUGAUCUCCCCUCAGCAGGACGCUCCCGCCCCCCCGUCUGAGGACGGGAGUGAUUAUUCGGAUGGCUUCCGCAGCCGGUCGGGUUUGACCGCCCUGGCUAAAAAGAACCGAGAUGAUCUCCUUGGGGCCCCCGUUGCCACGGGAGGGCUCUUUGGAUCGAUAGCCUCGGUCACUGAGCGCUUCAACCGCCUGGAGGUGGAAAAGGCUCAGCUCAGCCGCAUGUUGCCGCUGGCUCACGGCCCCUCCGCAAGGGGGAGUGCGUCCGGCGGUGGUAAAGCGGAGAGAGGCGUCGGGUGA